GAGAUUCUGACUGGUUAUAGGUGCGUUCACAUUCGCCAUAUUGAAGGAGAGACACGCGACCUUGAGUUCAAUCUUAAUUCAAUCAUUUACUCUGCCUCCACAGACCGUAAGUUCUUACUUAAAUAAGAUUUUAGUUUUUUCAAUUGUUUAUAAACUUAACAGCUAAAAGAUGUUUCAAGCGCUAAGCGAAAAAUUGAAGAAUAGCCCGUUUAAAUCGGCUCAUUGUGAAGGACUCAAAGUCAAUGAAAAUAGAGUGAUUGCCGCUCCUGCAAAUGAGGAAGCUUCAUGCGAAUUCGGCUCUGCUAAAUAUUAUGCAUUGUGCGGUUUCGGCGGUAUCCUCUCCUGCGGAUUGACUCACACAGCUAUUGUUCCCCUCGAUUUGGUUAAAUGCAGAAUUCAAGUAGAUCCCGCAAAAUACAAGAACAUCUUUCAUGGCUUUAAGGUUACGAUUGCCGAAGAUGGAAUGAGAGGAUUAGCCAAGGGAUGGGGCCCAACCUUUGUUGGUUAUUCCAUCCAAGGUCUUGGAAAAUUCGGUUUCUACGAAUUAUUUAAGAAUGUUUAUAGCAACAUGUUAGGAGAGGAAAAAACUUACCUGUACAGAACUAGCCUUUACUUGGCUUCUAGCGCCAGCGCUGAAUUCUUUGCAGAUAUGGGUCUCUGUCCCUUUGAAGCAUUGAAAGUAAGAAUACAAACACAACCUGGUUGGGCAAACACGUUAAGAGAAGGCUUCCCUAAAUUAUUAGCCGAAGAAGGAGCUUGGGGAUUCUAUAAGGGUAUCACGCCUUUGUGGGGAAGACAAAUUCCAUACACCAUGAUGAAGUUUGCCUGCUUUGAAAGAACAGUUGAGGCUAUCUACAAAUACGUAGUACCUAAAAAAAGAGAAGACUGCUCAAAACCAGAACAAUUGGUUGUUACAUUCGUUGCUGGCUAUAUUGCUGGUGUAUUCUGUGCAGUUGUCAGUCAUCCUGCUGAUACUAUUGUUUCAAAAUUGAAUCAAGAUAAAGGAUCCGGAGUUGUUGCUGUUGCUCAGAAAUUAGGAAUGGCUGGUUUAUGGAGAGGAUUAGGACCUCGUAUCAUCAUGAUAGGAACUCUAACAGCUUUGCAAUGGUUUAUCUAUGACUCCGUAAAGGUAGCCUUCCGUCUACCUCGUCCACCACCUCCAGAAAUGCCAGAAUCUUUGAAGAAGAAGUUGCAACAAUCUUGA